AGUCCUGCUUCAACCUUACAUCAUUUCAGAUUAAUUUUUUACUCCUUCUUGAAAAGAAAAAAAGAAAAUUCAAACAGUCAAUAUUUGGAACUAUUUUCCUUAUCCAAGUGACGAGCGAUAUCAGAAAGUGAAUUUUUUCUGAAAAUCGCAAUCUUUUCCCUUUUUUAACGCUUGACAUAACUGAUUAUUAUUGGCGGAAAACAAUUCUAUCCGGCACCACAGUAGAGCUAAAGAAAAGCAAAAAAGAAGUAACGAAAGUAUAACAUAAAAAGCGGCAACGAAGGAAAAGGAGAAAAUUUUCCGAAACGAUUGACCCUGAGCUAAAAAAAGGCAAAAAAUAAAAUAAAAUAAAAACAAGUUAAGGAGAAGACAACAAAGUUGUGAUUUUGCACAUCGAAAUUCAUUCACAAGGACGUGAAAGUAUCUUACAAAACAUCUAAAUUCUAUGUGUUCAUGUGAAUGCCGGGUUUAGGAUUGAGAAUAACACACAACAAAUACCACAGAAACGACACUAAAUUUUCUCAACGUCUCCAUAAUAAAAAUUAAUUGAAUAUUUUUAUCGAAAAACAGUAGAGAGCGAGGACGCGCUUCUGACAUAUUCGAUUACAACACACAAAACAAGGCAAACGACGAAGGAAAAAAAGGGCAAAUAAACUUUUCAUAUCGUGCAGAAGGAAAAAAGUUUUUAAUAAAAUCGAGAAACGAAGAAGAAGCAAACAAGGAAAGAAAAGUUUCUGCCUUUUUGCUUUAAUCGUGUGGCACAAAUAAACAAUGUGAACAUAGAGACGAAAUUGAAUAUAUUUUCCUUGACAUUUAGCAGACAAUCUUUCUUCAACUAAGAAAAAAAGAACGUCUUCUAGUAAUCGAUUCACAAAGCAAAAGAAAAAAAAUUAGAAAAAAACUUUUCUUAAGUGAGUUUUGUGAUAAAGAAACGGAUCAGAAAGAAAAAAAAUAGAUUAGUAAGAAAGCAGAAUUAAUUACCAGUGUGAUAAUUGAAAAAUAGGAAAGUGAAAAUUUUUUAUGUAAUCAGAGAAAACAGUAGCGACAUAAUUUAAUUAAAAUAUCCUAUAAUUUAAUCAUAAUAAAUUUGGAUAAAAUUAACACAUUUUCGACUUAUACCUUUCGAGUCUGUGGGUGAAAUUCGAAUUAAUUAUCAUUAAAGAAUUACAAACGAGAGAGAGAAAAACAAAGUAGAAACGCUUUGUUACUGUGCCGAACAUUGAAACGCAAAACAAACAAAAAACGAAAUAUUAAUAAGCCAUGGCUACAAUGGUUAAUAUGAACAGCUUAAUAAAUGGAAAGGAUUCGAGAUGGCUCCAAUUGGAAGUUUGCCGCGAGUUUCAACGAAAUAAGUGUUCACGUCCGGAUACUGAAUGCAAGUUUGCCCAUCCACCGGCAAAUGUUGAAGUACAAAACGGGCGAGUCACGGCUUGUUAUGACAGCAUUAAGGGACGAUGCAAUCGUGAAAAGCCUCCAUGUAAAUACUUUCAUCCGCCACAACACCUAAAAGAUCAAUUAUUGAUAAAUGGUCGCAAUCAUUUAGCAUUAAAAAAUGCGUUGAUGCAACAAAUGGGCAUGGCACCAAAUGGACAACCAAUUAUUACAAGUCAGCUACAGCCGAUGGCUGCAAACGCUUAUAUAGCUGGUGUACCUGCUAGUAAUCCUUACAAUCCAUAUUUUGCUCCUGGACAAUUAGUACCUACAAUAUUAGGGCCCGAUCCAUCAACAGCUACGGCCACAGUCUCACCACAAAUGACGCAAUGUGUUCCACAACCUGUACCCAUGCCCCAACAACAGAAACUUCCACGGUCCGAUCGGAUUGAGAUCCCUGGCAUGGUGCCUUAUAAAAGGUCCGCAGCAGAUAAAUCGGGCAUUCCAGUUUACCAACCUAGUGCAACCAAUUAUCAACAGCUCAUGCAUAUGCAACAACCAUUCGUACCCGUCUCAUAUAUUUAUAAACUCCAAGAUUUUCAACUUCAAGGGAAAUAAGCAUUGGUCGGUAUGAUGUCGAGAUAAUUUUGUUGGGAGGGGAAUACAGAAAGCUGUAUGUGAUGUAGAAACUGGUAAACGAAAAUCGCAUGCAUUCACCGACCGACCGAAUGACUAUCAGAGAUUUCGGUGGCAAUAAAGAAUAUGAAAAUUAACAAUUUAAAAUAAUAAAAAACAAUAAAAUUUAAAAUUAAUCAAAAUAUAUUGGUCUAUUAAAACAUAAUAUUGAAAUGGUCGCAAUUAUCUCCAGCAACUAAAUGUGCUGUAUGCGGUGCGAAAAAGUCUUGAAAAAUUCAACAGAUCAGGAUGUGGAUGUGGAAUAUUCGUUCUGGUUCUGGAGAUGGAGGAAUAUAAUGUUUUAAAUAUUCAAAGGAAAAACAAAAAAAAUAAUUUUAGUCGCAGUUAGAAUGCUGCAAAGUAUCAAAUUAAAAACGAAGGUUAAUAAAUUAUUAAACAAUUGAAAAGAGAAACCAAACAAUCCACACAAACUACAUACAAUAUUACUUACAUCUCGUGUGUUAUUAAAGUAAAAGUAAUUGAACUUUUUUAUAGUAAUUAAUUUGUUCUUUAAAGUUUAAAAACAACACACAUACACACACAAGUUACACACAGUAUGUUUAUUAUACCAUAAUGAAAAGUGGAAUUAAAAUUAUUUAAAUUUAUAUUUAAUAACUAAAAAGAAAUUAAGAAAAAACUAUGAAAAUAAAUUCGAUUGCACAACCAAAAACAUGAACAUUUUACAACAAUGAAAAUGAUAAAAAAUACCUACACAUUUUUAAUAUCUAAUUAAAAAAAUAGUUUUCAAAAAAAAAUGAAGAAAUGAUGAAAAUGAAUGAAAUUACUGUGAAACACAUAUUCAUCGAUGAUUGUAGAUAUCUAAUAUGGGAUUAUGAAAGUGAAAUUAUUUACAUUUUAUACAAAAAGAAACCAACUUUCCUUGAAAAUCUAGUUCCAGUCUUAAAAUGACUUUAACUUAUGUAAUUUAAUGAAUUAUAUCAUAAUAAAAAAAUUAUUUGUUAUAAUCAUGAUUUCAUUAUUAAGACAUAAAAAAAAAAGAAAAUAAAAAAAAAUAUUC